AACACACACACACACAAACAUCCACGGAGCUGGCGCGCAGAGCAGUGGCGUCCAUCCUCUCUCAGUGCGACUCCUCCGAGGGAUCAGGAGUAGACUAAGUCAAACUUCCAGCGGCUGAAGAUUUGUGCGCAACCUUUAAAGGAUCCAAGUCGUCAAGUUUGAACAUUGACCAGGGGACGGAAACAUGGGAUCUAGUCUCUGUAGAGCCAAGAGGAGUCUAAUACACUAAAUAAACAGGUGUCUGUGGUGAUGUUGCCAUGCGCCAGCUGCCAUUUACUCUUAAACUUUAUUCAGGACUGAUGUCCAGAUGGUGUGCCCCUCCAUGUGUGGUCCAGUUCAGCGCUCCCUGACCGUGUCAUCGGCCACAAACCAACCCAAGCAUCCACGCCCACUGCCUGAUUCAACCCCACCGUGCACCACCCUUCACCCCUUACCCCUCACCUUCACCCUCAGCCCCCCGCCUCUCUCUGUCUCACUCUCUGCAAAGCCUCUCCUCACAUUUUGACAAUCCUAGCCCUGAUUGAACCCAACAUGGUGGCCUGCAUUCCUAUUCUAAUCUUGGUCAUGAUGUUUCGAGGCGUCUUGCUAUCUGUCGGAGACCCUCCUCAGUCCCGCCGGGAGAUCCGCAUCGAGGGAGAUCUAGUGCUUGGCGGCCUGUUCCCAGUGCAUGAGAAAGGUGCUGGAAUGGAGGAGUGUGGGCGUGUAAAUGAGGACAGAGGGAUCCAGAGGCUGGAGGCCAUGCUGUUUGCCAUUGACAGAAUCAAUAUGGACGACACUUUGUUGCCUGGGGUCUCUCUCGGGGUCCACAUCCUGGACACCUGCUCCAGAGAUACCUAUGCGCUGGAGCAGGCUCUGGAGUUUGUAAGAGCCUCCCUCACCAAGGUGGACGACACAGAGUUCAUCUGUCCAGACGGAUCUUACGCGCUGCAGGAUGACAGCCCGCUCGCAAUCGCUGGAGUCAUAGGUGGAUCCUUCAGCAGCGUCUCCAUACAGGUUGCCAAUCUUCUCAGGCUCUUUCAGAUUCCUCAGAUAAGCUACGCUUCGACCAGUGCGAAGCUCAGUGAUAAGACCCGCUACGAUUACUUUGCCCGCACGGUGCCUCCGGACUUCUACCAGGCCAAAGCAAUGGCCGAGAUCCUCCGGUUCUUCAACUGGACAUACGUGUCCACUGUGGCAUCGGAGGGUGAUUACGGUGAAACUGGUAUAGAGGCCUUCGAACAAGAGGCCCGGAUGAGGAACAUCUGUAUCGCCACUUCAGAGAAGGUGGGGCGGACUAAUGCUAAGAAGUCCUAUGAAGCUGUGAUCCGUCAGCUCCUACAGAAGCCCAAUGCACGUGUGGCCGUCCUUUUUCUGCGCAGCGAUGAUGCCAGAGAGCUGUUGGCCGCUGCUGCCAGGCUUAAUACCUCCUUCAUCUGGGUGGCCAGCGAUGGCUGGGGUGCACAGGAAAGCAUUGUCAAGGGAAAUGAGGUAACUGCUGAAGGAGCCAUCACACUUGAGCUGGCAGCCAAUCCUGUGCCAGAAUUCAACCGCUACUUUCUCAGCCUGAACCCGGUCAAAAAUCACCGGAAUCCCUGGUACAGGGAAUUCUGGGAGCAGCGGUUCCAGUGUUCCUUGGGAGGUGUAGGAGCAGGAGGAGGUGAGGGAGGUAUUGGAUUGGGAGAGACAUCUCUCCCACCGUGUGACAUGGACUUGUCAAUGGACAAGAGUAACUUUGAACCAGAGUCCAAGAUCAUGUUUGUGGUGAACGCGGUGUACGCCAUUGCUCAUGCCCUCCAUUAUAUGCAACGGAGCUUGUGCUUCAACACCACCAAGCUGUGUGACAGCAUGAAGGUAUUGGAUGGGCGCAGACUCUACAGGGAUUACAUCCUUAAUGUCAGCUUCACAGCCCCUUUCUCUCCUCCAGGCAGUGAGACAGUAGUGAAGUUUGAUUCCCAAGGGGAUGGCGUGGGCCGAUACAACAUCUUCAGCUACCAGCGCUCUGCCGAUCGUUACGGUUAUGUGCCAGUAGGUGAUUGGGCAGAAAGUCUAACUCUGAGCAACGAUCUGAUUCACUGGCCCAGAGAAGUGGUGCCCACCUCGCAGUGCAGUGACCCUUGUGAACGCAAUGAGAUGAAGAAAAUGCAGGCAGGUGAGUACUGCUGCUGGAUCUGUACAGCCUGCGAGCCUCAUGAAUACCUGGCUGAUGAGUUCACCUGCUCGCCGUGUGCUCCUGGCCAGUGGCCUACUGAUGACCUGACAGCCUGUUACGACCUUCCUGAAGACUAUAUAAUGUGGGAAGAUGCCUGGGCCAUUGGUCCAAUUACCAUCGCCUGUGUAGGGUUCAUGUGCACCGGUCUGGUGUUCUGGGUGUUUAUCCGACACAACCACACACCGUUGGUAAAAGCUUCAGGCAGAGAGCUAUGUUACAUCCUCCUCUUGGGAGUCUUCAUGUCCUACGCCAUGACUUUCCUCUUCUUGGCCAAACCAUCUCCUGCCAUCUGUGCCCUCCGGCGCCUUGGCCUGGGCACGUCAUUCGCUGUCUGCUACUCCGCCCUGCUCACCAAAACGAACAGAAUCGCCAGGAUUUUUAAUGGCGUGAAAGACGGAGCUGGUGCAGUGAGGCCACGCUUCAUUAGCCCGUCUUCUCAGGUGUUCAUCUGUCUGAGUUUAAUCUCUGUCCAGUUAGUGAUGGUGUCAGUUUGGCUGCUGCUGGAAGUUCCUGGGACACGGCGCUUCACGUUGCCAGAGCGACGACAGACUGUCAUCUUAAAGUGUAACGUACGCGACUCCAGCAUGCUGCUGUCACUGGGAUAUGACGUGCUUCUGGUCAUCCUGUGUACUGUGUAUGCCUUCAAGACCAGGAAGUGCCCCGAGAACUUCAACGAGGCCAAGUUUAUUGGAUUCACCAUGUACACCACCUGUAUAAUUUGGCUGGCCUUUCUUCCCAUCUUCUAUGUUACAUCCAGUGACUACAGGGUUCAGACCACUACCAUGUGUAUCUCAGUCAGUCUUAGUGGCUUUGUGGUCCUGGGCUGUAUGUUUGCUCCCAAGGUCCAUAUCAUCAUGUUCCAGCCCCAGAAGAAUGUGACCAGCCACAGGCUUAACCUCAAUCGCUGCAGUGUCAGUGGGGCUGCCACCACAUACGCAUCUCAUGCCUCUGUCAGCGCCCACCCCGUCCCAACCGUGUGCAACGGGAGAGAAAUUGUCGACUCCACUACUUCCUCUCUGUGACCACACCCAGUCCACUCAUUAAUUCUGCCCCAGCGACUGUUAGCCAACCCAUGAACAUUGUCCCCCUCAACCAUCAUUCCCCACCUCAUUCACACACUAUAUACACUAAAAAAACACAAACAUAUACAUAUGUACACACACACACAAAUACAAGCACAAACAAACAAACAACCUUCCUUGUGGACUAGAACUGUAUUGUUUCAAAAAAUGUAGAAAGUGUGUAACUAUAAGUAAAUUAUUUUCUAGGGAUGUACAUACAUGGAAUCAACAUUGUUGUAAGUAGAGAAACAAAAGAACAAAAAAAGUUUUUAGGAGGAAUUUUUGGAGCCUUUGUUUUUGAUAGCUUUGUUAUGAUGCGGUGUAAAUAGACAAGCGCUUAAUCAUGGUAGGGGGGCGUGUGUCCCUCAGUCUGGAUGCACAUUUGUGGCUCUGCUUGCCUCACCUGCAAUAUCCCACAGACUUUUUAUUCUCUUGCUUUUUUGUAGGCCUCAUUGUAAUAACCAAUUAUGUAUGCAUUUUUAUUGUGUAUCUGUACAUUUGUACAUUAUACUACUGAUGGUUCAAACAGCACAAUGAUGACGGUCUUGUAACCCUAAAAUGAAUGUGGACAUAAGCAUAAACUGGAUGGUAAAGGA